UUUAACUUAUGUUGUGUCAGUGCACUGUGAAUUUUGUUUACGUUUUAUUUCGUUAAUUUCGUGGUAGUAUUUAUUGCAAAAAUGCUGAAUACGAAAAAUUCAUAGAGAAACAUCGUGUCUCGUUAUUUGAAUUGGAAAUAAAAUAUGAAGAAAAAUGAGUGAUAAUAUAAAAGUAGUUGUCAAAGUUAGACCUCUAAUUUCUCGUGAAAUAGAAGGGAAAGCUGUGUGCCAAUGGCGUGUAAAAAACAAUUCACUCUAUCAGUUAGAUGAGAAUGGAAAAGACUUUGGUCCCUGUUACACAUUUGACAAAGUUUACGGUGUGGAAACGAAGACUUCUGACGUGUUCCAAGAUGUAGCUAAGCCGAUAGUUGAGGCCGCUACCGCUGGCUUCAACGGAACUAUAUUCGCUUAUGGUCAAACCUCCUCAGGGAAAACAUAUACAAUGUCGGGCACAGAAGAUUCCCCUGGUAUCAUACCCCUUGCUGUGUACAAUCUGUUUGAGAUUAUCAAAAAUAUCCCGGACAGAGAUUUUUUAGUAAGAGUUUCAUACAUUGAAAUAUACAAUGAAGCCUUGAAAGACUUGCUGAAUAUUGAAAAGAAAAAUGUCAAAGUCCACGAGACUUUUCAAGGUGUAAGGGUUGAUGCCACAGAACAUGUCACUGCAUCCCCAGAGGAAGUUCUGAAAUACUUAAAAGAGGGAGAAGCUAAUAGACAGACCGGCGCUACAAACAUGAAUGAAAUCAGUAGCAGAUCACAUUCAAUAUUUCAAAUUACAAUUGAAUCUAGAGAGCAUAUAGAAGGCGAGGCCGAAGCGGCUGGUUGCGUCAACGUGUCCCAGUUGAAUCUAGUGGAUCUGGCAGGUUCGGAGCGUGCGGGACAGACAGGAGCAACGGGCAUUCGCUUCAAAGAGGGCACGCAUAUCAACAAGUCAUUGUCUGCCCUUGCUCUUGUCAUUAAACAGCUAUCUGAAGAUCCAAACAAAUUUGCCAACUAUCGAGACAGCAAGUUGACUCGCAUCCUACAAAAUUCUCUGGGCGGCAAUGCCAAGACCAGUAUAAUAUGUGCUGUCACACCUGCUGCCGUUGAAGAAACCAUCUCCACAUUGCAAUUCGCAAACCGAGCUAAAGCAAUAAAGAACAAGCCGGAGGUGAACGCGGUCGCGACAGACGCCACCAUGAUACAGAGCCUCACCAAACAGCUGUCCAGGCUGCAGUCUCAGCUCGAGACCAAGAGGAACCUCGAGGUCAUGCUGGAGAGCAAGAAGAAUGUUGAGGCAAACUUGAAAAACCAAAUAGCGGCACUCCAAAAACUGAUAUUGAACGGGUUCGGUCAACGGAGCAGUGCCGAGAUAGUCGGCAAUCGGCGCAAGAUCGCACAACAAAGGAGAGUCACGAUAUCAACAUUACAUUCUAUAGAGGAGGACCCCGUGCCGAAUAUACAAAAGUUUUGUACGCCCAGUUUGAAGUACAAUUCAAUGUUAAUGCCUGGCGCCCCCGACUUCGUUCCCAUUCAAGACGGAAGCAAGUUAAGCAGCGUCCCCGAGGAAGUGAGACUCGUCACACCUCCUCCUGUUGUGAGGGGGGUUAAUAACGAAGAUGUUAUUUCCCUUGACAGCGACGAUGAACCUUCGGACAUAACUUGCUCUCCAUAUCACAAAUGCUAUGUAUCAUCAAAAACCCCACCUUGUGUCUUACGAAAAAAGGCCAAAAUUGCGGAAAAAGAUCUUAAAGAUAUUGUGGAGCUGACGGAAAGGGAGAAAAUAUACACGCCUGCAGUGGAAGAACUUAUGAAAAAAUUGGAGCAAAACACAGCAGUGAUAGCAAAAUUAGAAGAGGAAGUAGAUUCUUUAAGUAAACUUAGUUCAGAAAAAGAUUUAGAAAUAGAUAAACUCAAGGUGAAAAUCACGGAGUCUGCCGAGGAGAUAAAAUCUGUUAUAUUUGACAAGACCAACAUGGAAACAUUAUGUAAAGAGUACACCACGAAACUUACCGACUGGGAAGUAAGUUACGAAACCUUAAAACAAAAGACGAAGAGGCGAGAGCAAGAAUUGUUAUCGCUCCUAGAAGAACAACAAAAAUUUCAUAAAAGGACCGAUGACAUUGGUAAAUCACUCUCAAGAACCAUCGACAGAGAACUCUCCCAUUUCAUGGAUAUGUCGAGGGACAUAUCUCUCGUUAACAGUGAUAAUGAAAGCAGUAUAGCAAACACAAACGACGAUGACGGCUCUUUGCAAAUACAAGACCUUGUUUCGGAAAUGCAGGCACAACUCACCAUGAAAACUCAGACAAUUUUAGAAUUAGAAAAUAAUCUCUUUACGCAUAACCAAAAAAUAGAAUCGUUAGAACUGUCUUGUAAAGAACUCCAAUCAAUGCUUGACAGUUUUAAAAACAAACUUUCUCAGUCUGAAAAUGAAAAUCAUAUACUAAAAUCAACAAUAGAUACAUUAAACUCGACAAUAUGUAGUCAAAACUCGAAUUUAGAAAUAGCACGUACUGAUAUAGUCUCUUAUAAUAGUUUAAUCCAGGAAUUAAACAUCAAAUUACAGCAAAAGGAGAACAUUGUAGAUGUCAAUAUUAAUGAAAGUAUUUUAGAGAAAAUGAUUGAAAACGAAGAAAAAUUUAUAGCUAAUAAUGAAAAUGUACAGAAUAUAAUUCAUUCGUUUAAGUUAGCUCUUGAAUCUCGUAAUAAAGAAAUCGAAAUACUCAAAUCAAAUAAACCAGACAAAUUAAAAAUAACAGAUAAUCAUUUCAAGCUAGAACUCGAUUCUAAAGAAACCCAAAUAAAUUCUCUAUAUGAAGAAAUACAAAGGCUAAAAAGUGAAGUAGCUGAGAAUAUAUCAAUGAUUGAUAAACUCCAAUCUGAGCGAAAGGCACUAUUAAGUUCUGAACAAGAACUUUCGGAAAAAUUGCAAGCUAUAGAAGAGACCCAGCUGCAUAUGGAACAAAGAAGUGAAGAAAACAAAAGUAUUUUGUUAAAAUUGCAAGCUAAUAAUGAUGAAUUAGCUCGAGUUGUUUCUGAACAAAAUCAAAAGGAGCACGAACUUGAAAAAAUUAAUGAUAUCCUGAAUACACAAAAAGGUGACUUAGAAAAAAGAAUUGACAAAUUGGAAGAUGAUAUCAAAGAAAAGAAUGUUAUUAUUGAAUCAUUAAGAAAAGAAGACAGUGAAACACAAGAAAAUAUUAAAAAAGCCAAGGCGGCGAUAUCUAAAUUACAAGGUAUUUUAUGCAGUUUAACUGGAAAUAUCCAAGAAGUACCAGAAAUUGUUGAUAACUUUGUUGUCAUUGUGAACAUUCUAAAUAAUAAUUUAAAUAUACUAGAAAGUACAGUAGCUGGUGUAAUGGAGCAAAUAAAAGCAGAGAACGAUAUUGGAAACGAACUUCGUAAAGAACUUACAAAUUUAAAACAAAAGUAUGACCAAGAGACAAAAGAUCUAUUAUCCAAAAUUCAGACACUUAAUGCUCAGCAUACCGAUUAUGCGAUUCAAAAUUGUGACUUGCAAAAGCUACUUACGCGAGUUUCCCAGGAAUUGGAAGGGCAUCGCAACGAAUUGGAACUUCUCAACAAGAAAUAUAACGACAGCAAUGAACAAAUUAGUUUGAAAGAUGGCAUGAUAUUUUCUCUUCAAGAAAAAAUAAAUUGCCUUAAUGAAGAUAUUUAUAAAAUUGAACAAGAUAAACUACAUGUUGAAAAUAUCAUUAUCAACAAAGAUAGUAAUAUAGUGGAUUUAGAGAACAAGUUAAAAAGUGUUGAAAAAAGUCUGGAAGAAAAAAAAAUUGAAUUAAUUAAAAAUACCAAAGAGUUUAAUAAAUCUUUAGAAAAAAGAGAUGAAUUGAUGUUAGAAUUGUUUAGAAAAACAUGCAAUAUUACAAAUACCUUUAAUAUACAAACUGAUUUCUCCUGCUUAAAAGAGGACGAUAAUAAUACUUAUAACCAAAUAUCUGUCGCAUUAGAUAGUCUCUCAUGUUAUUUAACUGCCAUGAAAAAUGACACAACUUUGAAUAAUCGCAACCAACAUCUGGAAGAGACUAAACAAGAAAUUAUGGUGUUGACACAACAAAAUGUUACACUCAUGGAAAAUAUUUCUAUUUUGGAACAUAAAAAUGAAACUCUAAUGACUGAAUUAGAAGUAAUCCGAACAAAUUAUAACAAUAUACAACGAGACUUGAUGCAGGGUAAUGAGUUAAUAGAAACCCUUCAAAAUGAACUAAAGAAUAAAUUAACAGAAAUAGAAGCUAAUCAAUCAAAGAUGUUAGAAUUAAAAGAAAACAUAGAAUUCCUUAAUAUUUCGUCUAACCAAAAAAUUGGAGAAUUGCAAAAGGAAAAUGAACAGCUUAAAUCAAAAUGUCAGACAUUGGAGACUAUAUCCUAUAGGCAAAGUAAUAUUGAUAAUUCAGACUAUGAAGAUGAAGAAAGUAAUCCUGAUAUACCGCCACGAAAGUCUCUUUGUACCUUAAACGAAAUUAAUGAAUAUAAACCGUCUAGCCUCGUAACAAUAUGUUGUAAGAGAAUCGAAGAAUGCAUACAAUCUAAUGAUAAACCUGUAUCGUCCUCAAACUCUGAUGCAAGUGUAACUUCUGUAGAUAAAGCAACGCAAACCAUAAUUUGCCAUUGUGAAAAAUUGCUUUUAGAAUUGAAUCUCACAAAAAAAUACAAUGUAGAACUUGAAACAAUAAUUGAACAACUACGGGAUGAGCAAGAAGAAAUUCGAAAAGAAGUACAGCUUCUUUUGGAACCAGCGAAUGAACUGCAAAAGAAAAUAGUUAACCAUAGGACUAAUCUGUCUACCUUGACAGCUACUACUUAUGCAGAAAACAAAUCUCUUAAAUCUCAAGUGACCGCUUUGCAACAUCACCACACUCGAUUUCAUAUGCUAUGUCAAAGGGAUAUACCUGCUGUAAAGAAACAGCUGUCUGAACUAAUGGCGAUCUUGAAAAAUGACACUUCGUUUAUGGACAAGUCAAAUAUCAGUUUUAAAAGAUUUUCUUUGCCGGAUACCUUAGAAAACAAUACAACAAUCUCUAGCUUUAAGAACGAUGAAACCAUAUUAGAUGGCGAUCUUUUGAUGUUAGAUACAAACGUCACUUUGGCUACUUCGGCGGAUAAUACUACUCUUCUGGUCAAUGACCAGACUUGCUUAGAUAUAUCUCAAGGCUUCUUAUAUAGUGAAGUUGCAUGUCAAACCAGUGAAACUGCUGAAAAUUCAGAGUUUAGUGAAAUUAAUGCUCAGGUAGCGAUUUUAUCAAAUGAUAACAUAAAAAUGAUGGAGACACUUGAAAGCUUAAAAGAUGAAAAUAUAAAAUUAAGAGGACAAAUAGACAAAUACACAAAACUCAAAGGUUCCGAUCCCUUUGUUAAAUGUACUCCAGCAAUGAAUACAUUGACUGAAAUAACAUCUUAUAACUGUCAAAUGUGUGAAAAAUAUGGACGUGCAGAGAAAGAAUUUAGAGAACAACACGAAAAAUUGGUAGGUGAAUUAGCUGACCUUAAAAAUGAAAAAGAUAAAAUUGAAAUCAAGUAUAAAAAUUUGACAUUAGAAAUCCCAUCUGCUGAUGCACUUGUUCGUAAACUAAAUAUUCUAGAAAAAGAAAAAAAUAAAGAAAUCGGAAUAUUAAUGCAAACUAUUAAUAAUAAAAACGAAGAAUUGAAAAGAUUGCAAGAUGAAAAUGAUAUUCUUUCGACGCAAGUUAUGGAAAGUAUUGAUGAAGCUGAUGAUUUAAAUAAGCAGGUGCAAACACUAACAGAUACUAAAGCGGAACUUAUGAAAAAGUGUUCAGAAUUGCAAAAUAUUAUAGAAGGAAAUUGCAGCAUGGUCAAAAAUAAUCCUUGUCCACAUUGUGAGAUAAAAGAUGAUUUGACAUGUCAACCACAUUCAAAAUUAAACAGAAGUCUUAGUGAAUCAGACACAUCAUCAAGAUUUAAUAAAAUUUCCACUUUACAAAAUCAAUUGCAUGCUAGCAAACAAGAUUGUAAGGAGUUAAGAGAGGACGUAACCUCGAUAAAGAUCCAUUUAGAGCGUAGUAAUUUAUCUCAGAAUAUGGAUUUAGAUGAUAGCAUGGGCGAAUCUAAUGUUUUCACUUAUUCAAAAGAGUUUCAGGCCGCAGACCUUUUAAGUAAUUUACCCAUGCCCAAUAUCCCAGAAGAACGUGUUAGUGAGAUUUAUGUUAUUGACAAAAAUGACUGUAUAAAAUAUUACUUAGAAGUAACUGGUACUGACAAAGAAAAUAUUAGUGGCGAUUUAAAAAUCAUUGACAUUAUGAAAAUGUUUUACAAUAAUUUCGUUGCGAAACACAACAAUGAGGUCGAGAACCUGAAAAAUAAAUUAAAAUGCUACGAAGAUUCUAGAAAAGAGCUGGAAUCACAUGUUGAUAACCUAAAGACUGAAUAUUCUAAAGUUAAUGAAGAGUUUAAUAAGAAAAAUGAAAAAUUCCAAGCCGUUGUAGAUGUUUUGACGGGACUAAAGGAAAAAAUGAAUUUUGUAAAAGAUGAAAUGACACAUUUAAUAGACAGAGACCAUAAUGCCAAUGCCGUUGAAACUUUCAAAGAAAAUCUCUUAAAACAUAUCGAUUCAGGAUUAGGUCUCUCGUCUGCUAUUGUUUUCGAAAAGCUUAUAGACAGCAUUGUUAGAAAACAUGAGAACGAUUUGAGUGAUAUUAUGGAUCGAUAUAUAAAAUUACAACAACAUAUGGAAAGCCUGACUUCAGAACUAGCCAGAGUUAACGACAGUUUAUUGCAGAUGAAAGACCAACUUACAAAUAAAGAAGAAGAAUUUGAUUUAUUAAAAGCACAAAAGGAAAGAAUUCACGAAAUUAGUAACGCAGUUACACUCGAUAUUGUCAAAAAAGAGCGCGAAUUGAGCGAAACCAUUCGUGAUGGUUGCAAAAAACUAAUUGAAAAUGAUGUAAUUAGUAUGGAAGAUAUUGAUUGGUCGAUUCCGCUCACUAAUAAUAUAAAUUUUGUAUUUGAUCGUUUCAUUAACCAGUAUAGAUUAAAGAAAAGUGAUUCAGAAAAUUUACUAAUCGAAGUUAAAAGAUCUACAACACUAUUACAAUCAAAAGAGAAGGAAUUACAAUUACUCAAAGUAGAUAAUGAAGAACUCCGUAACGAAGGUGAUAAUCUAAAAUUAGAAUUAAUGGAAAAGACUGAUUUACUAGAAAAUCAGAAAAUAUUAUACGAAGAUUUGAACAAAAUUUAUGAAAGCAAAGUUCAAGAGAACCAAGUUAAUGUUUGUUUGGUUAAAAAACUUACUGAAGAGAUAAAUAUUCUGAAAGAAGAACUUCAUAAAAAACAAGACACAGUAGAUAGUUUGAGAACCGCAAUAAAUAGCCAAAAAAGUGAUGAAGAAAGAGAAGAAAGUAAAAUUGUUGAACUAAUGAACACAAUUGCUAGUUUAGAAAAGGAUGUGUCUGGCUUAAAAGCUGCAAAUGAAAUUAUAACAAAGGAAAAAGAAGCUGCUGCAGCAGAGUUGUUGAAAUGUAAGGAUAUUAUUAAAAUGAACAAAUUAGAGCUAGAAAAAAUGACGACAGAUAUUUUGAUAUUAAAAGAGUCUGUGAAGGACAAUGUUGCUGUGAUAGAUAGUCUGAAGGUUGAAGCGAAAUGUCUACUCGAGCAAAAUGUACAACUGAAACAACAAUUUGACGAGAAAUGUAAAGACCUUUAUCGAGUUGAGACGAAUAUUAAGACUCAUGAAAAAUCUGCAGAGAUUCAAAGCAAGAUGAUCUUCAGGCUUCAGAAACAAAAAGAAGAAUGUGAUAACAGUAUCAAGGAGAAAGAUUCAAAGUUAGAGGAAUUGACUGCUAAAUGUACACUUCUGCAGAAAGAAAAUGAUGAGGUGCAGCUAUUGAAAAAUGCGAACCAAUUGUUAGAGUCAAGAGUUUCCGAACUCGAGAGUGAAAUCGAAGCUUUAAAGCGCCACACGCCGAAUGAAAGCGUACUGGAGGCGUCGCGACGGCGUAGGCAGAGCCUACACGACUCCCAACGGGCCUUCACUGAGAACAAACAUGACUCUGGAGAUCACACGAAGAUAGAAGCUGUAUUCGAGUCUCGUGGUAAGCCUGAUGACCUUUUCAUGGAAGUUGAUGAUGACAGUUCGAAUAGAAGUACACCGCUAAGGCUUAGUAGGGGACGUGAAAGCCUCCUAUCCCGUGGUGAUCCGACCGAAAAAGAGGAUGAGUCGUCUCGGCCGAGCAGCGUGGCGAGCACUCGCCGCCGCCGGCAGAGCUCGCACGAUCUGCACCGCUCUGUGCCCACGCACACGCCCUCGCCGAGGACUUCCGUCUUGCCUGAAGCGGAACAAAGCGAUGCAGCCGCUCUCCGCGAACAGCUCGCAGCUUGUCGGGAAGAGCUUAAAGAGCUAAAGGAGCGCUACCGGGAGCUGGACGACGAGUGUGAGACAUGCGCGGAGUACUUGCGAGAGAGGGACGCCCAGUGUGCCCGCCUGAGGAGGGAGAAGGCUGCUCUCGAGAAUGUGGUCACCGAAUUGAAAGAAAAGAUGAAGGGUAUGAAUUCAAUAAAAAGUGAAUUGGAAUCUAAGACAUUAAUCGAUGCUGCCGUUAACACCGAUAAAGACUGGGCAAACCUCCACUCUAUAGUAGUGGACCGGAUGUCGUACGACGCUGAAGUGGAGAAGAACAAGAGGUUAACCAAGCUCAUUGAGGAGCUCAGGUUCAAGAAGCAAGACCUCAAGAACACGGUGGCCAAGAUGCAGCAAAAAUUGAUGGAGAAGACGACCUCGGGGAAGGAAGACAGGGAAUUGGAAGUUACUAAGUCUGCUCUAGAAGCGUGCAGACAAGAGUUGGAGGAACUGAGAGAGAGAUAUAGAGAAUUGGAUGAAGAGUGCGACACGUGCGCGCAGUACCUGCGAGAAAGAGAUGAGCAAUGUCGGAAACUGAAGGAGGAAAGAACGACGCUUCAGAAUAUGCUAACCGAAUUGAGAGAAAAGUUGACUACUGCAAGUGCAAAUAAUACUGGAUCUGAAUCUAACACAUUCGAAAAUGCAGUCGUCAACAACGAUAAGAACACUAGAAAGGACGACAGAAAUGUCGAAACAAUAAAAGCAUCUCUACAAGCGUGCAGAAAAGAGUUGGAAGAACUCAGAGAGAAAUACAAAGAGUUGGAUGAAGAGUGCGAAACUUGCGCACAGUAUCUGCGAGAAAGAGACGAACAAUGCCGGAAAUUGAAGGAGGAUAAAGCAGCGCUUCAGGCCAAACUGGAUCAACAGCAGGCGGAGUCGGGCUCGCUGUCGCAGAGCGCCCGGCGGAAGCGGCAGUCGCUGCACGACCACAACCGCGGCGCCGUGCACGAGGCCACCACAGACACUAGCGAUGAUUUACUGAGUUAUCAAGUAGAGCGCGACGACAGCCGGCAUUCGGAACAAACGCAACGGGAAUUGAAACGUCUUAAAUUGAUUAUAGAAAAGCUUUCCCAGCAGAAAACAGCGCUGGAACAUCAACUGUUGACGAUAUCAGCAAGCCAUCCCAUGUACGUCGCUACCGGAAGCGCUAUCGUACAGAAUCAGCAGUUGACCGACGUUAUGAAGGAGAAUCAGAAACUUAAGAAAAUCAACGCAAAGCUGGUCCAGAUUUGUAAGAAACGAGGGAAAGAUAACCGGGAGAAUGAGGAUACCGAACAACAGGGUUGAAACAAGAACACUGGCAUGGGAUAAAUUGAAUGUGUAUCUGAAACAGGCUGAAAUUUAGUUCAUUAUUUACUAAAACACUCGUGAUUUAUAUUUUCAUCAAAUUCGCUUUUUCGAAAACUUGUAACAAUAGAUCUGUAUAAGACAAAAGAUUGUCCUUCACUAAUAUUUUAAAAAAUAAUUAUAUUUUUACUGAAGAUUUCAAUUUCAAUGAGUUAUCUUUGAUUUGAAAUACUUCGAAUCACCAAGGCGUUAUCUACUGAACACACCAUAUAACUUAGCUUAUCUUUAUAUCUUAGCUAAGGGGGUAAACGGAGCCUAUACCUAUAAAAAAGAAUUUCGAAUUGAAUUUCACCCUGCAAAGCUGUUGAUUAAGCUGGACUUAAUUUUACAUGAAAAUGAAACCUUUUUAAACUUAUAAUCAAACAUGUUGAUCAAUUUAUCAAAGUCCAAAAUUAAGACUGAAUGCUUAUUACAUUCCUGAAGCAUUUAUAAGAUUCAAAUUUGUAAGGUUUGUGAUACCUGCUGAACAAAUUGUUGUGAUUGGUGCCAUAAUCGUUUUUGUGAGCGUGUGUUUAGUAUUAUUAGAUUAUAAUUAUUAGUACUUAACAAAAUGGUGCCGAAAACAAUAACUUUAAUUAUUAGUGCAAAUGAGAGAUAUAAUUUUUCUGUAAAUGUAAAAUAACGCACAAUUAUUCUUCUAUUUCAAAUGACAAACACAAUAAUAAUUUCAUUUGAUAUUUCUAAGUGCCUAUUACGAGUAUGGUCAUAAUAUGGUGUC